CUUCCCGCACGCAAAGGCUCAAUGGGUGAAAUCGCAUUCAAUGGGACUUACUUUAAUAAAAAUAGCAAAUUCCGUUUGUAUUUGUGCUCUCUGUCUGCAAUCGCAUCAGCUUCAUACUGCCAAGACAUGGGUUCUACCUACUCGUACGCGUACAACUCGAUGGAGACAGAAACCAAAUUAACUCCUAUCGUCAGUCCAAAUCGAUUGCGUGUAUCUGUGAUUCACGAAGUUUAUUUCGGGAUGCCCGCUAAUCCGUACGCUCUUCCCUCUGUUACACACAUGCUCACAAAUGCAUACCAUUGCCAACAGAAAGCUGAUGUUGGAUUGGGACCAAUCGUCAAAAAUCAGGAACGUCUAACUGUAGUGGACUUUUCCAUUCCAUACUAUGAAUCAGCAGGAUUGGUGAUUGUAGCCAAACGGGAAAAAUUGAACACGUUGCCAGUGGCCUUCUUUUUGGAAUUCCUCACCGUAGAGUGCUGGAUGUGCGUUUUUGCCCUCAUCCUCAUAUUCAUACUGAUAUUUUGGGGUAUGGACUUGUUGACACCGUACAGCUGGCGCUAUACACCAGAUUCGCAACGUCCGGAAGGCACGGCAAUCUUAAAUCUCAACGAGUCGGCUUGGUUUAUUUUCACGUCUUGUUUACAACAAGAUCAGUGGUCCGGUAGCUUUUUCGUCUCACGCUAUCCAAUCACCGAACGGUACGGAACAUGCUUCUUACGGAUGAAAAGUUGGGGGUUUGCCAAAGACACCAAUCAUCUGAUAGAUCUGAUUGAACAAAACUGGAUUGUGUUUAUGGAAUCCUCUUUGGCCUCCUAUUAUGUGCAACGGUCGUGUAAUAUGAAAACCAUCGGUGAACGGAUCGGAAGCUGGAAUUAUGGGAUUGUGUUACCAAAAAAUUCCGCGUUGACAUCGAUGCUGGACAAAGCUCUUCUACAACUCAAAGCAGACAGUAUCCUGGAAACUAUCGCUGAAAAAUGGUGGAUAAAAAACAACACAAACUGUAUGGAUCUGGAAAGCACAGGAUUAUUGCUGUACGAACUUGGUGGUGUCUAUCUCACUUUUGCCACGUCGAUUGUGACGAGCCUUUUCUUGUUCGGACUGGAAAGAUUGGUUUGGAAAUUGAAGAAGGUGGAUUUGAGUGAGGUGAGUUGA